GUGUGUGUCUGUGCGUGUCUGUGCGCCUGCAACCUCUCUAUUACUCGGGUCACACAGUUGCGUGUGGAUCCAGCUACUCCCCGCGCCGGCGGGGAUCGCGUUUCCUAGCGCGACCGGUUCCCGCUGAGGUCCCGAGAAGAGCACUGAAAAGAAAUGAAUGUCAGAGAGGAUUUGUUUAAUCAUUUAACAGCUGACACAAGCCAUGUCACUAACAAAACGCUGGUGAAAGAGUAGAAGAUUUCCGGAAUACAGCAGCUCCGGUACUGUGAAGCCUCUUCAGCGGGUCAGAGGCAGCGUUCACUGAAGGAUGCGGUAGCCCAGGAGUCAGGGCUCGCCGGGGCGACAUCAAUGGCUUGCAUGGAGCUUCUCUACCUGGCCAAGGAGAGCAGGCAGGCACCUCUGGGCUCCGCUGCUGGCUGGAGCCUGCCCUCCCCUCCCUACGAGCAGCAGCAUGUAGGGGGUGAGGUGGACCCCAGAGCAGCUGCUGCCAUGGCAGCCCUGCACUGCGAAAGGCAUCGCAAGCCCUUGCAGAGGGGCCAUGUGGCUGAGCCCCCCCCAGCAGACCAGCCCUCCCCUCCAGGCACCUUGCCUCGGGAGCACCCUGUACCCCCUGGCAUCUCCCAGCCCUGCCACCUGCCUGAGCACUUACCCGGAGAAGAGGACGGAGGGAAGAAGAAACCCUGCUGCUGUGCCCAGGAACUCGAGACAUCAUUCACCUACGUGGAUGAAAAUGUAAACGUGGAGCAUGCAAGUCCCCCAAGUCCUACAGGCAUCCGCUGCCAGGAUGCCCCUCUGCAGCAGCAUCCUUGCAGGCAGCUGCCACCUGAGUGGGUGCACGAUUCUCCUUCCCUGGUCUCUGAGGAGGAUGAUGCUGCUUCAGAGGUGGCAGCCGGGAAAUCUGUGGACUAUGGGUUCAUUAGUGCCAUUUUGUUCCUGGUUAGUGGCAUUUUGCUGGUGAUCAUUUCCUACGUGGUACCCAGAGACGUGACUGUGGAUCCCAACACCGUGGCUGCCCGGGAGAUGGAAAGGCUGGAGAACGAGAGCGCCAGGAUUGGGGCUCACUUGGACCGCUGUGUUAUUGCCGGGCUGUGUCUCUUAACCCUGGGGGGAGUGGUGCUCUCCAGCCUGCUGAUGAUGUCCAUGUGGAAGGGGGAGCUGUACCGAAGAAGCAGGUUUGCAUCCUCCAAGGAGUCUGCAAAGCUCUAUGGGUCUUUCAACUUCAGAAUGAAGUCUGGUGCAAAUGAUAAUAUGCUCGAGCUGUCGUUAGUUGAAGAAGAUGUGCUUGCCAUAGAUAAUUAGUGUGGCCAUGAUUUUUUAAGGCAGUAUUUCCACAGGAAAAUACAUUUCAUUAAAGGAAACAGAAGUGGCUAAAGAUAGCUGGUGAUGCAGUUUGUUUGUCUGACAAGAAUGUUGUUUUCUUAAGCUCUAUAAUCAAAUGUUUGCAGUAUAUGAGCACUUGUUGUAAAGAGAAAAUGUGCCAGAGAAAAUGCAACUGAUAUAAAAUAAUGAAAACCACUGAAUAAAAGAGAUUUGUGAUAAGUAGGUUCCUCAGAUACUCCUUUAUCCUAAUAUAAAACAUUCCAUUGGUGUCUUGCCUGUAUAAUUUUCUUAUUACUCCCUUAAAGAAAAGCAAUGACCUUGACACUUUGGAAGCUGUUAAUUAUUGCAGCCUGCAGGAUUAUUAACAGUCUACUUUGUAGACUGCUAAAAAGCAGGACCAAUAAUCAAAGAGCAGGGCUAGUAUUUAGUUGGGAGAAACGCUUUUUUGUCCUUUAAGAUGAUUCCUUCUCUUCUAUUGAGUGAGAGCUAAGGAAAAAUAAUACCACUUGGUCAUGACUUGCCACAAAUCUCCUAUAUUUUCAAGCAGUCGUACAAUUAGUGGUGAUUAUUUAAAAUAUAAAAUAAGAGGCAAAGGGCAGGGAACCAUAUGGCUCAUGGUAUUGGUAGGAGACAAAAGGCUCUUUCAGCUUGAGGUCAGUGGCUCCAUUUCAGUUCAGGUUAGCAAUGAUUGAUAGUCAUUAGCUUCUGAUAGCUACAGUGGCCUGUAUAAAAGAAGUUUAGUUCCUGGUGGACAGAUGUCUCUGUAUGAAAACUGCCAUAACUUGAAUUAACUGACCUCUUGUUUGGAGUCUCAAAAGACCCAAAGAGUAAAAAAGCAUGGGGAUGCUGACAAUGAACACUUCUCCUUCAGUACCGAUGCCAGAAGAAAUUCAAACUUGGCUGCAGGGCUUUACUUGUACUUGGGCUGUCUGCAUCUUACUAGUCCUUUUGAAACUUCAGUUUUAUGUCACUAGGCUGUCAGGCUUCUCAUAACCAGCAAGGAAAGGUCAGGAAGAAACUUUCUGAGGCUUAUUCAAUAAAACCAAAUCUAUUUGUAAAAAAUAAAUUGUCAGGAAUUACAAAGGUUAAAUAUCAGGCAGUUGGACUGGCUGAUGUGGUACUCACUUAGCACAGGGGGUGAUCUAGGGUACAUGCUGUUAUUUAUGACAGUUCUGUGACACAGUAACCAAAACCCGGUAGCGCUGAUGCUAUUUACUUUAUUAUCAGCUGGUUUCUGUGGAGCAUUCGAGUUGUAUUAUUUCAGUGCUGGGAAAACCAAGAAAGAUUGUUGUAUGCACUGCUGCCAGUUCUUGCUGAACAGUGGUUAGUAGAUAUAUAUAUAUAUGUCCUGUUAACAUACAUGUAUGUUAAUACAUAUAUUUGUGUCCCUGACAAAGCUAAACGUGAGUGAAGACUUCAGUACAGCUCCUGGCUGCAGAGUCUUAGUAGAUGCAUGCAAUUCACUGUCACAGCCUUGUCAGUUGUGAGUGAAGUCUCAAAUAUCAGGAAUAUAAAAUCUUUUUUAAAUGAUACUUUUUUCCCACUGUGACAUACCUGAGAAGAAUUCUCUUGGGAAGGUAGGAGAGGAUCUCCUUUAUGCCCCCUGUAUCCAGGAGCAUGUGACAGCACAAGGUUCAGAAUAACAAGUGGCAGGUGGAAACUUUGCAUCCUCACAUUGAGAGACUGAACACUAUUUUGCCACCUGAUUCCUCAUUCCCUCUUCCCUCUUCUCUGGCUGUUCAUCUCAGGAGACAUGUGCAGCACCUGAGUCUGGCACUUACUGAGUUCAGUCCAUCCUGCUUGCUGGCUGUGGGUGCUGGUGCCUUCAACGGAGGGCCUGAGGAGCUGCACCGCUCAGGUUCAUGCCUUUGGUUGCUGUAAAUAGCGUGAUGUGAUACCCAGGCUUUACUGCUGGUCCUGCAAAAGAGAUGCUGCUUCACAUGUGAUCUGCUGCUUCACAUGUGAUCUGCUUUAACUGCUGCUUCAGUGUUAUUUGGUAAUUAAAUGAGCUGCCUUAUUAGGUGGUACUGCUGCCUAGUAGAUGAUUUUGCCUGUUUAUGUCAUGAUACGGAGUGUGUUUGUGGGCAGGAGUUCAGCAGUGGCCACCAUCUCCACAGUCAUCUAUGGAGAGCUUACGUACCUCUGGAUGUGUCAUCAGGAAUUCAGGAUUAAAUUUCCAGGGUGAAUAAAUGGAAUAGCUUUCAGAUGUAAGGAGGAGCCUUCAGCCUGUUGUGAUCAGUGGGAGUGAGGAAGGAAAUAGCCCAAGAAGCAGAACAUGGAGGAGGAAGGUUCCUCCUUGGCUGGCCUCUGCCUGCUGGGGGUAUGAGGACACUGACUGCAGGAGGUGGGGUAUUGGGACAGCACUGCCCGCCUUGCAGCCCUGAGGAAGGGAGAGGGCUGGCCCUGGGCUCCAGAGGUCCAGGGACAGCUGUGGCAGGUGGGAGGGCAGAGGGUGCUGAGGCGGGGGCAGCGAGCUGGCGUGGGGCAGAGGAUGGACAUCGCAGGGGGAGAAACCGCUUCACCAGCCUGGGCCCCUGCCGGGAAUCGCUGUACUCACCUGAGCAACAGAAGCUCUGGCUGGUGGUUUUGAGAGGCAUCGCUUUUAUUUUUUAAUGAUACAUGUGCAUAAAAUUGGAGUACAUUCCAUUGUUGCAGAAAGAUGACAGCUAAAGCUGUAAGGAUCACAGAUUUAUUGUAGGAACUGUGGCAUGCCUUAAUACUGAUUAUUAGCACUAGAAAAGGGAACGUUCCCUUGACUGUCAGUAUGUUAUUAUCAAGUGAGAAGUUUUCUGACACUUUGUAAAAUGCCUGUCACAGAUCAUGAGCCUGCAAUACUUAAAUGAACUCUCAGAUUUUCCUUGAGCAUUUUAAGGAAAUGUAAAUCAUCCUAAUAAUCUAAAUAUACAGUACAGAAGUGUGAGGAGUAAGAAAAUUUAAGUAACAGGACUAACACAGUUUCUUUAUUGUGAUGUUAGUGUGCACUCCGAAGGAGGUGAAGGCCUUCACAGUUCAGGAGUCUGGCAGAUAAAAACUCUCAGGACAUUUCGCUGCUCACCCAACAAGAUACCUUUACAAUUACGGGACUGUGUGGGUUGGUGGUGUGAUAUAAAACCUCUGGACUCUCAGGUUCUCAUGCUGUGUUGUGCGACAGAGACCACAACACUUACCAUGUGGUAUCCGAUGGUGGAAAACGAAUGUAUUAGCCCGCUGCCGGGUGGACGAGCCUUCGUGUUGUUCACCUUGCACGAGGCAAUACCAAAGGCUGAGGCCAAGGGAAAUUGCCCUCUCAUGUACCCUUGUGGUUUGAUUUCCCCAGCUCAAAAUGUAAAUGCUUAAAGGGUACAAGUGUGAGGAAAAUCUUUUGUUGUUGUUGUUGCCCAGGCUAAAGAUUUUGCAUGGAUCAUUGGAGAGCUUUCUUCUCUGGGGAUCUGAAUGUGGGGCAUACCAGGUGGGUUUUAGGUGCCCCCCGGAUUACCCGGGAAACAUAUUGGGAUUUGUGCCAUCAGUCACUUUAUUUCUGACUGACCCUAACAGCGAAAUGUGACACUUACCUGUUUUCUACCUCACAACGUGUCCACGGGCUGGGCCCUGCCCUGGCCUCUGCCUUCCUGCUGGAGGGACAAGGGACCUGUAGCUAGAAGGGGACCUACACACUCGCCCAUGUCUGGCUCCCCGCUCUUCAAACAGCUCCCAGUGACCCUGUCUUCUCAGUUUGUUUUUCUCAAUCAGGCGUUUGUGGCCGAGGCUGGCCGCUUGGGAGCUGCCUGGCCCCUGCUGGGGACUCCCAUGGGCAAGGAGCCCGUAGGCAGGCGGGCGCCCCGCGCAGUUUCCCGGUGCAGCAGCUUUGUCUUCUCAGUGCCAGACCAACGCCGGCCCCGCAGCUGAAAUCUCUGAGACACUCUCCUAGGAAGCUACACUGGGUUGUUGCUGUUCUUUAUAUGUUUACAGUUUUUUAAUCUUUGUAAUUCUUUUAAAAAUCUGUCUGUAAUGAAUAUAAAGUUUACUGACUGGGAGAGCAACCGGUUUAAUCUUGUAAAACUCCUUUUUGACCCACAACAGGGCAAAACAUCACAGUCCACCAUGAGCUUUUCAAUAGUGCAUUUGAUGCCUUAUUAUAAUAGCAACAGUGUUCUGUACAGAUUAAAAAAUAAAACUCUAUAAAGCUGA